UCCUUCUCGCUUGAACCCCAUUUGCCGGCAUACAGACAGACAGGCAGCAUAAACAAUUUCUUGAGCGGCGCGCUCGUAAUUUUUGAGGUUAUGUUAGUAUUAAUUCGACAUUCGCUGGCGACGAACGUGCGGCGCGCUCGGGCGGUGUUGUGAUCGAGUGCAUUCGUUACGUCGCGAUCGAUAUUCGUCGACUUAAGUGCAGACAUGCAGUGCCGGUGGUGCGUGCAUUUUGAACCAAUUGAUUGUAACCGAAACUGAUAUGAUCGCGACUUUUGGACUAAAGUGCCAACGAUCACGCCACAGUUGGAUUGAUUAAGGCUCAUUGUUUACGGGUUAAAAAAUGGGCGCACCAGCAUGGGGCUCGAGGAACGGCAGCGACCGUCCGCGACUCCUGCGCAUGACUCCGCUUCGGCACAGCUUUGCGGCCCCUGCCUCGCCGCCCGCGCCGCCGCCCCCGCGCUCCCACGACUACGCCUCCGAUGCAGACACUAAUAAGAAAGAAGAGAGUUGGAACGCGAAUUUGUCUCAAAGAUGGCGUAAACUUCGUCGUCGGUGCUCGCGGCUUCGCCCGGGGUCCGGCAACCGGGAGCCAAGUCCAGUGCGCUGCUCCCCCUCCCCCCCGCGCCCGCCGCCACACUGCUCCCCCGCACCGCCUGCUAAACUGUCCUUCAGGCACCGCGGGAAAGUGUACACCACCGCCUCACUGCGCGUUACCAGUGGAGCUCCUGAUAUACUACGAGCUCUUGGUAAACUAGGAGGCGGAUUACGGAGAAGAGCUCUAUCUGCCCACGACGUGCUGGCCCCUCCACAGCCACCGUCCACCUUCUACGUUCCUAGUCCUACUACAGUUCGGCAACCGUCCUCCCCAUCUCCCUCAAGACAAUCUGCAACAUUACGGAGACGAUGUAGUUCCCCAAACGUUUACCGAUCCAAAGCAUCACCUAAGCCGCGCGAUCGUGCGCCACUAAUAAGUCCGGAAGACGAAAGCCGUGACGUAGUGGACCUUGCUUACAUUCCUGAGCGACGAAAGCACAGUAAUGGGUCUGAACGAAGUCGACGACCGUAUAGUGAGAAUGUGGAAGACGUGCCUUACAGAAAUGGGUACGGUCGAUUGACGCCUGACGCGCAGAGAUUGUGGGAGGAGCCGUACAGACUGCCGCGAGCGCAGAUGCGGCACACCAACUCACAUGAGAAACAGGAAGCUAUGCAACAGCUGAGGAAUGGAGUAGCGGAGCUGAGAGUGAGCGCGACGCCAAGAGCGCCGCGACCACCUCCGGCACCGCCUGCGUCGGCGCAAGCCAAGAGACCUCCCGCACCUGAGCCGAGGGACUCGCACACUUUUGAGGUCCGGUUCACGAAGUCAGCAGGUGGAAAAGGCCUUGGGUUCAGCAUAGUGGGCGGAAGGGACUCACCUCGGGGAGACAUGGGCAUCUUCGUCAAAACCAUCUUCAACAAUGGGCAGGCUGCUGAGUCAGGCCUGCUUAGAGAAGGUGACGAGAUAGUGUCAGUAAACGGUCGCGGCACGGCGGGUCUGACACAUGGUGAAGCGAUCAGGCUGUUCAAAGACGUACGCGCAGGUCCCGUGCUGCUCCGCGUGGCGCGACGGGCGCCCGUCCGCUGACUGCCCUGCGCCUGCUGCGGGGACGCACCGCUGCAGGCGACCAGAGAUGCUUACUCUACUUUGUAACAUACUUUCUAAUAACUGACCGGAAUUUCGGUCCGUUUAUAAACUUGACGGCCGAUAAACGCGUGACUACAUGGCAAUUGCUAGCUGUCUAUCGGACCUGAUGCUACUCUUGGGUACAUUGUAAAUAUAUUUUACUUUUAUAACCGAAGAGACAGUUCGCGUUCGAAUGAAACAUAAUUGUUUCUGGCCGGCGACAGUCGUUGCUAUCGCUUCCUGCAGGCGUCUAGCACACUUCUUACACUUUAUAAUACACUUUGUCUAAUGAAGGGUUUAGACUAUUCAGGGACCCCACACAAGCCUCGGAUGACUGCGGAAGUCCAUUGAAUAAGUAAUCAACUAAGAUGGGACGAAACUUUAUCAGCAUUCGCAAUAUAAUCUCUCUAAUACGAGAACUAGGGCUGUUACAACAGUAAUACAUGAGAAAUUAGGAUACACUUAGUAAUUAACUCUACCUACUGUCACUUGAGUGAUUUAUAAAUAGCAGCUUAAUUUUGUGAAGAUUAUAUAUUUUACACUAAACUUUAAUAAGAUUGAUCGAUUUAACACUGGCCGUUUAUGCGUACGCGGCAACCCUAUACCUAUAGGAACUUUCAAUAAAUCGUGUAACUACAUAUUAUACUAUGCCCUUACACACUUGCAGGUAUAUUAGCUUAACUGCGAUAACAUCAAUUUAAUCAAUUAUUCAAAAAAGGACUCGAAUCGCUAACAUACAUACAUUCUUUUCAGUCUUUUCGAUUGAAAGGCCAGAGUUGAAGUGGUAACUACUGUUAAUGCUUCGGGUUCUUUGAAGUGUUUAAAUAAUUUGUUGUUGUAGUUAGGUUUUGUCACCAUUAUACGGAAUAAGUUGAAAAAGCUAAAUAGUUAUGAGGUGUUUAUUUCAUUAUUUAUUCCAUACCGAAUACAUAAAUAAGUACUUGUUAUGCAAGUACUGCAACAAAAAGUAAGUUGAUGUACCAUUCAUUUUCCACGCUAAACUGUACGUUUGAAUACAUUUGAUAUAAUUUAGUAUACUAGAAAAGGAUAAAUGAUAUAUGUAUAUCACCAAACAAAGCUUAAGGCAUUUAUUGAUAUCGUAUUUGUAGAUAAUUAAAGUAAAAAUAACGACAUGCCUUAAAAUGGAUAACGCAGAACUUGGACACAGUUUAUAUAAAAUUGUCUGUGAUAUGAGUUUCAAAGCUGAUUCGCACAAAGAAAUAUUUUGUUAUUAUAAAUAUUGUAAGGAAUUAACUUAUUUUUAUAUUUAUCUUUAAGUACGACGAUAAACAAUUAGAAUUAGUAAGCAGUGUAAGCAGUGAGUGCUGCGAUAGGUAAAGUCUAAAUAAAUACAUACCUACCUACAUAAUAAAUGUUAUUUAUUUACAUCGGUGCAUAAAAUAUAGAGUAUGAAAGGACAUAAUUUCGUACAAAGUUUUAAUUCAAUAUUCAUAGAAAUAUAUAUUUUAUUUCAUAUAAAUGUACAUGUUAGGUAUAAGUAUCUAGUCGAAGUGUUAUGUAAUACUAGCUUUUGGUUAUCAAAUAGGGUAGUUAACAAUCAUAGAAAUCUAAAUGUUUUUAUUAUUCCUAAUUCCAAAAUAGACAUAAAUUGAUAACCAAAUAUGAAAAUAGAAUAGAAAUUCUUUGAAAAAUAUAUUAAAUACUGUCCUCCGAAAUCAGGUCAGUUAGAAAGAAAUGGCAAUAGGAACACGUGACGUCAUAUGUUCUUAAGUCCAUCUAAAAUGCGGUUUGCUAGUAUAGAAUGAAGUAUUCCCACCACCACAACUGACUUUAAAUAUUAGAGAGUAGAUUUCUGAAAAGAAAAUAAAUAGUUAACUACUCUUUUAUCUAUCAUAUCUAUAGGUCUCAGGACUAAUGUAGCUUUUUAUAAUUUGCACGAAUUUUAAAAAUCGUUUCAGUAGGUUACGAGAUUACUUCCUGCAAGCAAACUCACUAACUUACAAUUUACUUACAAACAAAACCUCUUUACAUAGAUACUCUGUAGUACAUCUUAUUACUUUAAAAAAAAUAACGUAACGCUUCUAUUCCGAAUUUUUAUUCAAACAAAACAUGAGUUAAUUGAAUUUCGUACAUCAAUACUAAGAAUUAAAAACCGGAUUCUAAAAAUACGAUACGAAACAUGAGGUGAGAGGGCUUUCGAUUUUUUGUAAAUUUAGCUUUAAACGUUUUACGUCAUUACUAGAGGUGCAAUAUUUAUAUUAAGUAUGUGAGACUAUCAAGAUUCAUUAUUGACUCAAGCAAUUCCUUUCCAAGCCCACAAUUAUUACCUACUAUACUUUGAAGUCAGUUCUGAGAACCCGCGGUAAAAACACAGUUUUUUGCCCGCGGCUCUACCUUGCUCUUUAACCUUUGACAUCAUUUACUUUUUUUAGCAUCGACUAUCAAGUGUUUACAUAUUCGAUUCAGAUAAUCAUUAAUUACUCUAUAGGUACAUUUUAUAGACGACUUAUAAAAUGUAUUUAAAACACUUGUUAAUUGCUUUAAAAAUAUGUACAAAAACCUUUAAACACUUAUAUUUAGGUAACUUUUUUUUGUACAUAUAUUAUUAAAAAAUAUUUACAAAGCAAGAAAUAGUCGAGCAGAGAUAAUAAUAUUUAACUUAUAUCGCCAUCUAUCGGUUGCUUCGAGUUCCACGAUUCCUUGUAAGCUUGUGAGCGGCCUAAAAGCUGCGAUUUCAAGCUUGUGCUUACAAAUUGCAAAUAGUAGCCGGCAACUGUGCCUAACCAACUACGCAUCACAUUUGUUAUAUAGAUGGCAGCAUUUGUACAGUCUUUAAAGGACGUAGAGUCAAGUUUGUCAUAUGACCCUAAGCAACACAGGCCUCCGGUGAAUUAAGCCCUGUAUAUAAAAAACGCAAAUUGGAAGUAAAGCAUUUUUGGUGUGUUAUUUGGAUCCUGUAGGGCGUGAAAGUUCGGACGCCCCUCUAUCUAAUUUUUGGUUUUGAGCCACCUUAGAUAAAUAGGAACCAUUAUAAGACCAAUAUAUUAUUAUGAUCUAAGUAUGUAGACCAGAUAGUUACUAUAGCGUAAAAUAAAUUGGGUCGUUAAUGGUCAAAAUCGACAAAAACAAAAGCUCAAUAAAUUUCCGUUUAUAGGAAAUUUUGCAAAUCUUCGGAGAUGUGUCUUAUAAACUAUCAAGACUAAAUUAUUCUAUAUUGUUCCCAGUCUACUUAAAAGUGUUCAUAUUGACUUCGGGUGCGUAAAUCACAGGCCUAAGUCCUCGGAAACUAAAUUUCCUCGUAUUAAUCAGGAAAGUAUGUUUCUGGAGCUUGAAAUAUACGAAAAAUGAAGCUUUACAUCGCGUUUUGCGUUUUUGGGUGCUUUUUGAGUAAGACUUAACUGGAGUAAUAGGGCCUUUACUGGGGAAAGAAAGUAAAAUCAUACAAAAUGUUUGCAUACUUAAAAGUACCUAUGGAAUAGAGUGGUUGAGCUCAUUUUUAUAUUUUUAUUUAUUUACUCCGUAUUGCAAACGUAAAAAUAAUAAUAACGGUGCUUAUUGCAAACAGAUUACAUAACUAUUUACUUACAAAAUAAAAUCUUUAUUCAUUGUUUUUUUUUAGUACUGCACAUGUCUAAAAUGACGUCACCUGUUGACGUCAAAUUAUCACAUAAUAGACCUAGUUGAUUACGAAUAUUUAUUGUCUAGCCUUUGCUUAUUAGGAUUGAUAUUAUGAGUCUUGAAUGCAACUGUGUUAAUAUGAUGAUUUUGUAAACUGCGGACACCAAGGAAAAUAACUAGUGUAAGCAACUAUUUUUGCAAUUUUGUAAUAAAUAUGCUAUAGUUAUACCUGAAAUAUAAAGAUACUUAUAAUAAAAAGUAAUAAUAGAAAGUAAGAAAUAAAAAGUAGCGCAGUAUUAUUUUUAUAUAUCACUAUAAUAGAAUAGUAUAAUCAAUUACAUUAAGACGCUUGCAUAUGUAUUUGCUAACUUCAACUUCGAAAUGAUACGAAGUAGAUGAAUUUCUUUGAACAUCGUUAUAUUAAGUAUAUCAUCCUCUUUCGCAUCCGACAACGGCGACCUUAGUUUCUUCUCUCUUGUGUUCGAAUAUGGCUAGCUAAAUAGAACUUAGAUCAUCUCCCCUCCCUACCAGCUGCUGAGCUAGGCUUAACUCACCCCCUCGGUCUUUAGUCUUGAAUCGUAUGGGCGUCAGACGUAACACACACAGAUGCGCGUGUACUAUCGUAUCGUUAUCACGUCAAUAUGUAGUGUCUGUGUAAAACUAGGUGUUUUGUAUGAAGUGUCCGGAGUGUGGUUUGAACAUCCUACCCAGUCACAUCGUUUUGCAUAAGUUUGAAAAAAAAACCACUUCCAAAUCGGAUCAUCGCACCCUUUCUGGAGCUCCGAUGGCGCAGACAGACAGACAAAAGGUUGAAACUGAUAACACCCCUCGUCUCGAAGGGUCGGUUAAUUACUUAUAGAAAAAAACA